AUGACCGUGGUGUCCCAGGACGGUAACGAAGAGUCUGUGGUGGUCCCUCCUUCGCUGCCAGAUGCUGCUGACCUGGAACCAGCGGAGCAGGAGUGCAGUGAAAGGGUGGUCGUCAACAUCUCCGGCCUGCGCUUCGAGACGCAGCUGAAGACACUCGCCCGCUUUCCCACCACGCUCCUGGGGGACCCGCGCAAGAGGACGCGCUUCUUCGACCCGCUGAGGAACGAGUAUUUCUUUGACAGGAACAGACCGAGCUUUGAUGCCAUCCUCUACUACUACCAGUCAGGCGGGAGGCUCAGGAGGCCCGUGAGCGUGCCCGUGGACAUUUUCCUGGAGGAAAUGAAGUUUUAUGAACUCAAUGAAGAGGUGAUACAGGCGUACAAAGAAGAUGAAGGUCUGUCCAAGGAGGAGGAGCGGCCACUGCCCUCCAACGAGUUCCAGCGCCAGCUCUGGCUCCUGUUUGAGUACCCAGAAAGCUCAGGACCUGCACGGACAAUCGCCAUCGUGUCAGUGAUGGUCAUCUUGAUAUCCAUUGUUAUAUUCUGCUUAGAGACGUUACCCGAGUUCCGAGAGGUCCCCCCUGAGCCCGAGACGCAUCCCAACGGGAGCGCUCAGAGUAAGGCGCCCAGUCCCUUUACGGACCCGUUCUUCAUUGUGGAGACGCUCUGCAUCGUGUGGUUCUCCUUUGAAUUCAGCAUGAGGUUCCUGUCCUGUCCCAGCAAAGCAGCUUUCUUUAAAAACAUCAUGAACAUUAUCGACGUUGUAGCCAUAGCGCCGUAUUUCAUCACCCUGGGCCUUGAUCUGGCGGAGCAUCAGGGCAGCAGUCAGCAGGCCGCCUCUCUGGCCAUCCUGAGGGUCAUUCGUCUGGUGCGUGUCUUCAGGAUUUUUAAACUCUCCAGACACUCCAAGGGUCUGCAGAUCCUGGGUCAGACCCUCCACGCCAGCCUCAGGGAGCUGGGACUGCUCAUAUUCUUUCUGCUCAUUGGAGUUAUUUUGUUCUCCAGCUCGGUUUAUUUCGCUGAGGUGGAGGAUCCCGAGACUGCGUUCUCCAGCAUCCCUGAUGCGUUUUGGUGGGCUGUGGUGACCAUGACCACAGUGGGCUACGGAGACAUGUACCCCACCACCAUUGGAGGGAAGUUUGUCGGAUCCCUGUGCGCCAUUGCCGGAGUGCUGACCAUUGCUCUACCUGUCCCUGUCAUCGUAUCGAAUUUCAACUAUUUCUACCACCGAGAGAAUGAAGAGGAGGAAAAUGUCCAGUACAUCCACGUGACGUGCGGGCAGCCGGAGCAGCUGCACUCUUUGGGGGAAAGUGACUCCAUCAAAAGCAACCAGUCGCUCUCCAAAACCGAGUCGUACCAGGGGAGCGACGACCUGGAGGUUUUGACACAUCCAAAAGUCAACCAGCCAGAGUCAUACUCAGGGAAACUGACAGAUGUGUAAAAGAAGAUUUAAAUGUAUAACAGUGUUGGAGUGGAGUUCAGGUUCACACUGAGAAGAAAAAGCAUUGAAAGGGUUAAAGAAAUCUACGUUUUCCAACCUUAAAUGUAAGAUAUAAAGACAUUCCCCCUUACUGAUGGAGCUUCUUACCCCCUCACAUGGGGGCUUUUAUUAGAACCACAUGACAUCACUGGAACGCAUAUAAAUAGCGCACCAGAGCGCAUGUCAUGCCCGCGCGUUUGAGCUUUUUGGGCGUCAUUUUACGGUGUUGAAUAUCAAGCGUGUCAUUUUAAGGCGUUGACUGACCCACGAGGUGGUUAGGUUGGAGGUUAAGAGUAGGGCUCAUGGCUGAUGUGCGUGAAUUAUAUUUAAAAAUUACAAUACAUUUCAAUAAAAUG